AUGUCGAAGGCAGCUCGCUCAUGCUUUGAAGAUUUGGCGAAUGAACUACUGCUUGAAGUCUUUGAUUAUCUUGACUGGAUCAAUCUGUUUUCAGCAUUUUAUGGUAUCAAUAAACGAAUUAAUCAUCUCGUGACAUGUAUUAACACUUUAUCCAUUUAUUCGAAUUAUUUGAUUAAUCAGUCCAAUAUUAUCUAUCUUUGUUUUCAGGAGUUCCCUUUGACAAAAUUCAAACAAAUUCAACAUUUCAAACUACUCUACGAUAAUCCGUAUGACGAAUCAUUAAAUAUCGCCAAAUAUUUCUCUUCAUUUCGAACGCUGAUCUCAUUACAUAUUGAUGCGAAUGUUACUGAAGAUGGUAGCUGUACUAACAAAUUCUUGGAGAUCAUUUUCCAUCAAAACUGUCCCUUUCUUCAACGAUUGUAUUUGCAUGGAAAUGUCUUUAACCAAGGUUUAGAAAGUACACAAGGUGUUUGUACGUUUCAUUUCCCGUCUCUUCUUCAUAUACACGUGGCAAAGCUUCCAUUUCGUAUAGCGAUUCAACUCUUAGACCAAUGCAGUCGACUUCAUUCUUUUUCUGCCAUGCUUUACGACUAUCCAACUGAAGAAAAUGUAACAGCGCUAGCUAAUCAAAUGCUCGAAUCAAUUCGAGUGGGUCUGCCAACCUUGACGAACCUUAGUCUGGGAGAAAAGAAUCGCUUUCACAAAGAAUCAACCAGUACAUUUCUCGAAUUUCUUUUACCUCGUUGUCCAAAUCUACGCACAUUUCAUUUCGAUAUCCAUUGCAACGACAAUGGGGAUUGCGAGAAAAUACUUCAUCCUGAUUGGUGGAAAUAUGCGCUUCGGUCGAAUAGUCAUCUAGUUCACAUUGAUUUUCGCCUGUCGUGGUGGACGAGGCACAUUAUACACAAUGGUUAUGAAAAAAUUCAACGUUUUCGAGCGUCGCCGUUUUUCAAUCAACUUAAUACCACUAUGACACAUACAUUUAAUAGCGAAUUUAUGCGGUCGAUGGACUACGAGCUGUUCAUCAAAAACUGA